UCUUGCACGCGUGAGUUGUCUGCUUGUCUUCAUCGGACUUUUCAUCCCUCUAGCAUGUAUGAAUUCGGAGAGGAGUUUAUAAUUGAGAGCUACAAAGUUCCAUGGCUAAUUUGGAUUCAGCUUCUGAUUACACUCCUUCUUCUUCUACUUCUCCUUGUUGGGUUUAGCCUUGUCGCCUCGGAUCCUUCCAAUCACCCCUCAUCCGCCGCCUGUGGCUCCCGCCCCUCGUCGUCCGGUCAAUCUAAUCACAAAAUCCAGAGAAUAGAUGAGAAGCAGAAAUUUGAGGGCUUAGGAACAACUACGAGUAGAGGAGUUUUAAGGGGAGAAGAAAGGUCUUUUGGUGGUAGGAGACAUCCUUGCCACUAUCUUGGACUGGCAAAACAAGCAUUUCUAAAGUGCUUGGGCUUAGAUUGUAGCUGCUCUGAGAGUGAUAAACAAGGAAAAGAGGAUUAGUAAUGUGCAUAUAUGUGCAUCCCCUCUGUCAGUUUCAUAUGGAUAUAUAGUCAUAGUAACAAACAUCAGCUGCACAUUUUGGUGUUGCAUAGACAGGGAUGACUGAAAACUUUGAGCACUUUUGACUAUGCAUAAUCGUGGCAAUCAACUUUGAACUUCAGUUUCUACUCUGCUUGAAUUUAGAGUAAAGAAAACAUUUGUUUCCUUCCUCCUUUAUAUUGGAGGAUGAUAGAUGUUAGACGGAACAGAGUCAUGGGCAUGUAACACAGGAUGGGGCAGCGUCCCACGGUACUGUACAUGAAUAUUUGUGUACAUAAUUUGGUUAAGAUGUAUUUUUGUACAUAGACAUGUUUAAGAUUACAUAUAAAUAUGAUGUUUGUUGGAUCA